GGUUCGCUCACAGUUCCAACGAAGACACGCGUACGAUAGGAAGUGUUUCGCGCGCGCGGCCUCUCUGCCUACUAAGCAAGCCGCCCGGAGGAAACAGUGAACCACUUUGACCGCGCAUACAGCCACGCAAGUUUUCGUGAACAGUUUGCUUUUCGUCAAUGUAAAACCGCAGAGAAUAAGUGUGUUUGCUUGUCUAACCUACAUACAGAGCGCUGAGCAAACGGCAAGCUACACCGCGAAAAGCUUCAGAAGAAGAGUGUUCGUUGUGGUUCAAAUAAUCUUCAAAUUGGUGCCAUAGUUUGCUAUUACGACGGUAAGAUGGCAGCAGUAGCGGCGACCGCGCAAGAAAUGACUGACAGUGUAACGAGAGCGGCUGGAACGGCCGGGUCAUCAACAGCGAUAGUACCAAUCAUUACGCUCCCGGGAGUGUUCCGACGGCGCAUGGAGAACCUGAAACACAACAGUGAGUGUGAGAAUGAUGAGCAGCGUCAUAACCAAACACUACCAUCGUUUGCCGACGCCAAGAUGGCCGCCUCCGAUUCGGGCGUGUUCCUCUCGAUGCAGGACAUCGAUCGGGAUCCGCCGGGCAGUGGCACAGGAAGCGUGAUAGGCAUGACACGUCUGCUGUCGUCCAACGGUGGCAGCAGCUCCGGAGCACGUUCAAAGGAACCCACGCCUCGGUUGGACCGCGAUCGGUGCACGACACUACUGGCAGGCAGCAGCAGUGCCACGGGCCACGGUGGUGGUGAGCUGCAACGAAAGGUCGUGCAAGAGGAAGACCCCGCCAUGGACGGUCACGAUAACGAUGUAGAUAACGAUGAUGAGGAAGUUGGUAUUACGAUUCGGCUUGGCAAAAAGAAGCCAGAACUGCGACUGAUGAAGGAUCGUACCUGCCAGAGUCUGCCCGACGUCAACAGUGCACGACCGAAAGCGCUACCAAAGGUAGUGACCGCCUGUGAUAGUACUGACACGGAUGGGUUUGGCGAGGCGGACGACGACGACGACGUGGAUGACGACGAGCUCAACCAAGCAUCCGCUCCGGUGAGACCUUGUGAUACGGGUGGCACAUCCACGAUGGCCCCUAUAGUGGAGCAGCCGGUCGGUAGCAGUGGUGAGGAAGAAAAUGUGAGUUCUACCACUGCCACCACCGUUGUCGUCCCUCCUCCGAACAAUCCGCUAGUGAAGCCAGCCCCCGUACCGGGUACGGGACCGCCAAUGGUCGACCCGAACGUGCUACAAGUGUUUGCCAUCGAUCCCAAACUGAUCAACAAGUACGAUGGGUUGGAGCAGACGCUCUACUACAUCGAUGAAAACGGCAGCCCCAAGAUACGCGAAAAGUACGCCUUGCAACGUCAGCUGGCCGAAGAAAAGCGGCAACGCAAGCAGCAGAAGAAGCUGGAACGUGCGGCCAAGUUUGGCGGUUCGCUCGACGGGGAACCGCCGGUGCAGUGUUCCUGCUUCAGUUUUAGCCGACUAUCCCGCAAGCUCAAGGAGAUGUGUAAGGACGGUUCCAAAGUGACGACGGUUGUAGCUACACCCGGACAAGGCCCAGAUAGACCACAGGAAGUAUCAUACACAGAUACUAAGAUAAUUGGCAAUGGAAGCUUCGGUGUCGUCUUCCAGGCGAAACUCUGUGAUACGGGCGAGCUAGUCGCUAUCAAGAAGGUGUUACAGGACAAACGAUUUAAGAACCGUGAACUACAGAUCAUGCGACGACUAGAACACUGUAACAUCGUUAAGCUAAAAUAUUUCUUCUACUCGAGUGGCGAAAAGCGUGAUGAUUUUCCCUUGGACAUGGGACUAUUCGCCGGUGCCUUGCAGACGCAGAAAGACGAAGUUUAUCUGAACUUAGUGCUCGAAUAUAUCCCAGAAACGGUUUAUAAAGUCGCCCGUCACUAUGCUAAGAACAAGUUAACGAUACCUAUCAACUAUAUCCGAAUUUACAUGUAUCAAUUAUUCAGAAGUCUUGCUUAUAUUCACUCGCUUGGUAUCUGUCACCGUGACAUCAAACCACAGAACCUGCUGCUUAAUCCUGAGACGGCAGUGCUAAAGCUGUGCGACUUUGGAAGCGCCAAGCAGCUGCUGGACGGUGAGCCAAACGUGUCGUACAUCUGCUCCAGAUAUUAUCGAGCACCGGAGCUGAUAUUCGGCGCUAUCAAUUACACCACUAAAAUUGACGUAUGGAGUGCAGGAUGCGUGCUUGCAGAACUGUUGCUCGGACAACCAAUCUUCCCGGGAGAUUCUGGCGUCGAUCAGCUGGUGGAAAUCAUCAAAGUCCUCGGCACACCGACACGGGAGCAGAUCAAAGAGAUGAAUCCCAAUUAUACGGAAUUCAAAUUCCCUCAGAUCAAGAGUCAUCCAUGGCAAAAGGUGUUCCGGACACGCACCCCACCGGAAGCGAUCGCACUGGUUUCCCGUCUGCUGGAGUACACGCCGGGCACGAGAAUUACUCCGAUGCAAGCAUGUGCCCAUCCGUUCUUCAACGAAUUGCGAGAAGGCAGCAAGUAUCUGCCGAACGGUCGCGAAUUUCCACCGUUGUUCAACUUCACCGAGCAAGAGCUUGCCAUUCAGCCAAGUCUGAACCUGAUUCUGAGGCCCAGAAACCAAAACGAGGCCGCUUCCAAGGCAGGACAAUCGUCAAGCGGAUCGAUGGAAGGUGGCAGCGGCAGCAGUGGCAACGGUGGUGCCGGCAGCUCAUCUGGCAGCGGUGGCGUUGGAGGUAGUGGCGGUGGAGCUAGUGCCAGUAGCGCUGGCGAUGCGAGCAACUUGGCGCAGCAAUCCUGUAGCGGUGCAGCUGGUGGUAGCGCCGGCGCUGGCGUUGGAUCGGACGAUAUGGCAGCCGCAAGUGGGGGUGAUGCAAACACCUGUCAGCCUUCUGCUGCCACCUCAUCGAUGGGUUAGCUUUAAUUGUGUACGAACGACAACAACCAGCCACAAGGAGCAAAAUGUGCUUUAAACCUAGAGGAGAAUAAUAGCAUGCUCAGAAUAAGAGUGCAAGGAAAAACUAAAGGGAAAACAAUACUUGUCCUCUAGCACUCGAACUGGGCGUUACUGUCUGACGUAGACACUAGGAAGCGACUGUGUACAAGUGUUUGCACGCAAUUUUGAGAACCACGGCCAGCAAACGGCACACAAAAUCAAUGAAAAGUUAAAAAAAAUUAAGUAGUAAAACCGAAAGGAAAGGGGAUCAUCGCACUUGCAAACGCAGCGAUGUUGAUCGAUAACAAGCAAAACUAGCUGUGCGUAAUGUCGGACAUAUGGGACUAGUGCAGAAAUAGCGGUUACGCAAAGUAACGAGGUAUGUGUGUAAAAGUUUAAUGUUAAAUUUAUUUUUAAUUAUUAUUUAAAGCAUCGGGAUCGUCAAGAAUGCUAUACAUUGAUGUAUCGCUGUGCAACAUGAAAAAAUCAUUUAAAAAACAUGUUAAAGAAGCAACACAAAGCGACGCGUGGCAUGUGCGGAUGUUCGUAAUGGUAUGGUCCAAACACAGAAGAUGUAGUUAAUCUGUUUUGAUCGUUUUGUUCGACUUUUUUGUUUCUUUAUUUUUUACUUCGAAGCAGUCAUCAUUUAGACGGAAAGUACCGUGCAGAAACGUGUGUAGUGUGAUGCCCUAGUGUGAGUGUAAAAUCAUGUAAAGCCCUACGAGUGGUGUGUAUGGUUUGCUAAGGGUUAUUAGAGAAUCACUUACGUUCUCUAAACCAAAACCCACGCAAACCAUCCACACUUACCUUCUCUUACACACAAAAUAAAAGUUGUACAUUUAUAUCCACGAAGAUUACUGCAGCGCGCGCACUCCCUUAGCUGGUGGGGGCACUUCUAGCAAACAGGGUGGCUAACACUAACAAACAGGGUGGUUGAAAAACAACGCCGUUCGAUUGCGGUGUGAGAAUGCCGGUAGUGUGUUAGCAAUGAGUGUAUGUACAUUUCACAUAGCUUUGUUUUAGUUUCUUUACGAUAAAAUGCAAAGUGAAAGAAACAUAAACUAAAUGGUUAAACUGAAUUUUAUUACUGCACACAAGUACGCAUGAAACAAAAAUCAAACCACCCCCCAAUAUCUGUAUGUAAAAGGCAUAUGAAGUAGAACAAUGUUUGCAACAGUUCCAAACAGCGCGGGGAUGUGUAGAGAGGUAUUUAACAUACUUUUGUGUUGAGAGAAAUCUUCUAGAACCGAGCACAGGUGCUGUAUUGCAACCCCUAGUAAGCCAGCGCUGUGAAAACACACACACGCGCACGUUUUAAGACCCAACAACGAUGGUGAGUGGUAGACUUAUUUUAACGAUUCAAUAGUACCUUGCUGGGUUUGUAAAUCGUUUGUAUACCUCCAUGUGUGAAAUUUGCAAUUUUUCGGCUAUUGAUUAAAUAUUUAAUUUUUAGUAUGUUAUCACAGAGCAACGGUUCACCCCAACAGAACAACCAUUAUGGAAAGGAAAUGAUGAUUAAUAUAUUGUUACUAAAUCACGCCAAGUCCAAUCAAUAAACAAACGGGUCUUGCAUGACUUGAAACAGAAGACCGUUUUAGGUAAAGGGCCGGACCGAUACGAGAUUGCGAAAGAUGCGCGUGUGUGUGGCGUUUGCGUUAACGUCAUUGACAGAACACAAAAAACCAUGUUCAACGAUAUGGCGUACCGUAAAAUAUGUAGGAAUCUACAAUAAAAAGGCCAAUAAAUCAGACCCGACGCGCGAAAUGCAGGUUGGCGUAUUUGAUCGUGCCGUUAGUUCCGUAAGCUUACAGAUUUUGGGGCUGUUCCGAUGAGUCAACCGUCACACACACACACUCUGACAUUGCAGUGGGUUGAAUUUGUCUUACACAUCUUUUGUCUUCUUUUUUUUUUUUAAUUGGUGUAAUUGCGCAUUAUUUGCUAUGGUGCAUUAUCAAGCAAAUUGUGCAUUAUGUGCUGUUUGCGGUAAAGGGGGAAUGCACACGCUGUCACGUCGUUUCUGUAAUCAGUUUAUAAAAUUAGUAUGCGAUAUACAUCGACGAAAGCUCUUUUCUUUUGCCCAAAGCAUAAGUGCAGCGCGACGAUCCAUCCAUCACACGAUUUCGAUCGAUUUUGAUGAGAGGUGCGUUUGUUGGCUAUAUUCUGCUCUGGACAUGUCAUUGUCGUUGGCAAGAAGAAGUCAUUGUAUAAAGGAGGCGGUUCUGCUGCAAAUCUAGCACACAACCACCACAUACCGUAGAUGUAAGAUUUGAUGCUGUCGCAUAUCUACGUUGCUGACGAUCUUGUCGAUCUCACGCUCGUUCUGCAGCGAAUCUAUGUAAACGCCUAGAAAACAGGCAAACUACCGGCGAACACGUUGCUGUUCAAUUUCGCGUUUCGCAUGUGAAAUAUACAAAACAGUCACACCUUUCUAAGCUAGGAAAAGGUAUACUACUGCAGUUUGCAUACUGUGCGCCUGUUACACGCAGCAGCAACGGAAAAAAACGCGUAUGAUUGUUAAAAGGCGGCAGGCAAAUGGCUGCUGAUUUCUUUUCUUUUUUUUUUAAUACGUUUCGUGUGUUGUUUUCAUUAGAUUUGCGCGAAUGAACGGGAAAAGGUGUAAGAAAUGGCUUUUUCCAGGUAAUGAUCCAUUUUUGCUGUUAAAAGGUGUAAAAUAAAGUUAGCUUUUGCUGUUAGGAAAGUUUUCUCAGACUAAGCAAAUUUAAUGGCGCACUCUAUAACGUGUGUGUGUAUGUGUGUGUGUGUGUGUGUGUACGAACAUUACAGUUAGGACGAGAAAGUUUGCUAAAGUUUCUUUUCCGAGAUGAGCUAAAUGAUGAAGCUCUAGAGUAAAUGGGAAAAAUCAUAUACAUAAUAUAUACACACUCACGUACAUGCAUGUGUCUGUAUGCAUGAGCAAGGCUAGACGAGCAAAAAAGUAUAUGUUUAAUCAUCUGAUAAAUUAUUUUAAAUGAAUGAAAAUUAAAAAAAAAACGCAGACAGAAGUAGAACAGAUGAGUAGUGAAAACACAUAAUAUAUAGAGACAAACAUAGGAAGACGUAUAUGACUAAAAUGAUUGUAGUAUAUAUAUAUAAAUAUAUACAUAUAUAUAAUAAAAAUAAUAAAAUGGAAAGGAAAAUAUACAUAUUACAGCAUAAGUAAUUUAAACGCAACUUCUAAUUGGACUGGAAGCUAACUGGCAAGUGGCUGAGCUACCACACUUUAUGCAUGCAAAGUGAAAACAAAAACUGGCGAGAAAAUGACUAACUACAACUGAUUUAAAUGUUGAUUUUGGUCUGAACUCUGUAUGUCGUUCAACAACAACAAAAAAACGGAUUAAUGGGCGGGCAGGUUGUGUUGUCAAAAACGAUUCCGUAUUCGCUGCUAAACAAAAUCCCGUGCGAUGCAGCGACUGUAUGGAUACUGUUUUCUUUUUCGUAAUGUUAAAUUACAUCGUGCAUCUACAAUGCAAUGCGGUAAAGGAUUGUGCCCUAUGUGUAUGUUAUCGGUAGGGCGUGGACCAGUGGUUGAUUCAUUCCCCCCUUCCACACGCGUCACUUGUGGUUUCGUGUGAGGAAAAUAGGAAUGGUGUGGUUUGUUUCGUAGUGUAGCUUAUCGUUGGAGAAUCAUGCAAUCAAAUCGGAUUUAGAGCUAUCCCGCAGAAUCCAUACCCUAAUUCAAAUGAAUUCAAGAAGAAGCGGCUAAGUAAACAAUUAAAAAGAAGAAAAAAACUAUAUAUCAUACAUAUGACACUUCACUUCACCACUACAGGUCCGCGGCACAGAAAGCAGUGAACUUUAUCGUGUAUUAUAGGCAUAUUAGCUAACUCUAACACUCUUAUUUAACGAACGAACACAAAACUGAUGCAGCAAACAUUGUUAGAUUGAACCUUAACAAAAGGAGAAAAAAGGCAGAAAUAAACAAACCCACAAACAGCAGAGCGCAGGAUAAACUCGUAAAAAUCCGCUAUAGGGCAUUUCACUUAUACUCAACAAAAGUUAAUAGUAAUAAACGCUAGCAAAAGAUUUAUAAAGAGGCAAACAAACGCGAAAAUUCGUAGCAAAAUUUUGCAAACAUGUGACCAGAAACGCUGGCCCAGCAGCACGAACACGAAAAGUAAAACCAAUACAAAACAAAACGAACAAGACAGCAGCUGUAAGACAUAUAGAAACUGUGUUGUAAGACAUAUAGAAACACUGCGUAACAAAAGUGAAGACAAAAAAAAAUGUUUCCCAUUGUUCUAAAACUAAAAAUAUCUACACACACACACACAAGCACACAGCAACACACACACCCUCAGACUAAAGGAGAACACCAAAUUUGAGAAUAAAUGUGUGUCGUAAUCACAUAUGCAAAAAAAGGAAAAAAAAUCAUUUUCUCUCUUAGUAACUACACAGGCACAAACAAAAGCAUGCGUAAUGAAAAAAAAACGGUUAAACAACUAAACAAUUGACAUGUAAUACAAUUUACCAUUUUUAAAACAAGUCCCUUGAAACCAUAACAAACCAGACCGGAACCGUACACUUACACAAAACACGAAACAAAACAACAAACUUAUGUGCAAAACAAGUAAAAGUGCAUUGUUAGCAGACAAAAAUGAAUUCAAAAUGUGACGAAUAAAAAAAUACAUAAAACAAUACAAAAAAAUCUAAGUAAUCUUUACAAACUACAUAUAAACUUAUAUAUUACUUUCACAUGCAAUCAUGUACACAAAAUCAGAAGUGUAUAAACGAAAGCAACAGAUCGGUUGAAAAGGUAUACAAAAACAAACUACAGGAAACUGGAAAGCGAAACCAACCGAUCAUUAAUUGUUUAGUUUUUUUUUUUUUGUUGUGAUUUAUAUUGUCUAACAGAAUCGUAUUUGUCAUAAAACUGCAUUGUUUAAUACGUGUUUCGCUCUGUUUCCGUCACGAUUGUAUGUUGUUUUUAGUUCAGCAAAGAAAAUGUUGAGAAAAAGGAUAUUUUAUUGCGUUCUGCAGAGAGAGAGGGGAGGAGCUGAAGAUUGUGACAUUGGUAUAGAAUAGUAAAGGAACGUUCUUAUCAAAAUCAUAUCCAGCUGCCAAUGGAAUGAUAAAGCGGUUAGGGGAGAGAAAAUCUAACACAAGGUCUUUCCGAUCUCAUAGAGCAAAACAGUAGCAGAAUGAAGGACCGAUUUAAUAACGCAGCACAGAAGCUGGAUUGCGUACGUACGCGCAUGAUACUCUUUAGUGGUGGUGGUAGCCGAGCAAUGUGUGCCGUUACUUCCCGGAUAGUAAGCGGCAUGGUGGUGUGAAGCAAGCAGACACAAAAGAAAUGAAGCAAAGUAAGAUAUAAAGCACGCAAAGCAAAACAAUCUUAUUCGAACAAACAAGCAAACAAACAACACACACACUUAUGCUAUUCAUAUAUACGAUACAAUGAGUCGUGAUGUCGAUCGGCUAGCAAUAGAUCGCAAGAAGAUCAGUUGAAAGAAGAAACAUAACUGCACAUCCUUAUACCCGUAGUUACAGAAUUCCAAUGCAAAAUAAUAAAAGUUGAAAAGCAGCUAUAACACAGAUAAAGAAGCUAAUAGAAAAAAAAAUGUCACAGUGUGUUACAUCCGUUUGCAAAGAUAAAAGCCGAAAAUCGAUCUGCAAAGGCAUCGGUAAGAGCAUGAACACUCCGCAUCUAAUCAGGAACACAAUAACAAUAGACUCUCAAAAGACAAAAACGUGCUUCAAGCCUAUGCUACUUUCCAAUGGCAACAAACAAUGAAUGGAAAGCCACAACUAUAAUGGUGACAAAGAUGCAGGAUGAAACAAAUACCACACACACACACAGACACACACACACACACACACACACACACACACACACACACACACAAACACCCAGAAACACAACAAAAGGAAAUUGCAGUUCAAAAUCAAUAGUUAAACAAAAAUUAUUUCUUGUAGAAAAGGAAUGCUUUUUCUGCUGAUAAAGAGAGAGAGGAGAGAGAGAGAGAGAGAGAGAGAGAGAGAGAGAGAGAGAGAGAGAG